GUCCUUCUUCAUUUGGUCCAACUGCAUAGCACUUGUUCUUCACCAUGUUCGAUCACUUCCAUCGUCUUCCAGUCUUCUUCUUCCUCCUUUCACUCUCAUUCUCCCAAUCCAUCCAUGAAAACGAAGAAUCAGACACACCCAUUCACCGUUUUCAACAAUAUCUCAGAAUCAACACUGCCCAUCCUAACCCAAACUACACUGCCGCCAUUAACUACCUCACUAACUUCGCCAACUCCAUCCCUAAUCUCCACUCCAAAAUCAUUCACCUUACCCCUACUUCGCCUCUCCUCCUAUUAACCUGGCCAGGUUCAAACCCUUCACUCCCCUCCAUUCUUUUCAAUUCCCAUCUUGAUUCUGUCCCUGCUGAACCACAUAAAUGGACCCACCCGCCGUUUUCCGCUCACAAGACUUCCGAUGGAAGAAUAUUUGCACGGGGAGCGCAGGAUGAUAAGUGUAUUGGUAUGCAGUAUUUGGAAGCAAUCAAAGCGAUUCAAAUGAGUGAUUCAAAAUUUGUGCCACUGAGAAAUGUUCAUAUUCUGUAUGUGCCUGAAGAGGAGGUUGGUGGGUUUGAUGGGAUGGGGAAGUUUGUGGAGUCGAAAGAAUUUGGAGAGUUGAAUCUUGGGUUUGUGAUGGAUGAAGGACAGGCCUCGCCUAAUGAUGAGUUUAGGGUUUUUUAUGCUGAUAGGACUCCUUGGCAUACGGUGAUUAAGGCUGUUGGAAUGCCUGGACAUGGGUCUAAAUUGUAUGAUAAUUCUGCUAUGGAGAAUUUGAUGAAGAGUAUGGAGGUUAUUACUAAGUUUAGGGAGUCUAUGUUUGAUAUGGUCAAGGCUGGAGUGGCUGCUAAUUCUGAGGUCAUCUCAGUGAACCCGGUGUUUCUUAAUGCUGGAACUCCUUCCCCAACUGGAUUUGUGAUGAACAUGCAACCCUCUGAGGCUGAGGCGGGAUUUGAUAUUAGGAUGCCGCCAACAGCUGACCCCGAACUUAUGAGGAAGAUAAUCGAAGAGCAAUGGGCACCAGCUUGGAGGAACAUGACAUAUAAGAUAACCGAGAAAGGAUUUCUAAGGGACAUCAUGGGCCGUCCUCUGAUGACACUUGCUUCCGAUUCCAAUCCUUGGUGGUCUGUGUUCAAUGAAGCUGUUACUAGAGCUGGUGGAAAACUCUCCAAACCUGAAAUAUUAGCUUCGACUACUGAUGCUCGAUUCAUGAGACGGCUGGGAAUUCCUACCUUUGGUUUCUCCCCAAUGAAGAAUACCCCCAUCUUACUUCAUGACCACAAUGAGAACCUCAAGGAUACUGUUUAUUUGGAGGGGAUUAAGGUGUAUGAAUGCAUUAUAAAGUCAUUAAGUUCCUUUGAGGGAUCUAUGAACACUAAUGCUAUGGGUUUCUGAACAAAGAAGCAUCUGAAAACUUGUUUUGCAGGGGAUCUCUCUUUUGGAAAAGAUGAUUUGUGCACACAAUAUGGUUUAUAACAUCAUUUACAAAAAUAACAAGAUCAUCUACAUGGGAAAAAGUGUUUUACCCUUUAAACUCAUGUAAAUGUAAGUGUACCACUUGCAAUAACUUAUGUUGGCAAAGCAUGCAAGACUAUGCUUCUUUGGGAGCUUCUAUCAAUUAUCCUCUGAUGUAAAAGCCCAUAUGAAUUUUAGUCAGUCAAUGUUUCCACCUAUGUCAAAUAAUAAAAUAAAAAGAGCAGCUCGGUGCACAACGGUCUAUUGUACACAACCUUACCCUGCAUUGUUCCUGUAGCUCGAACCAAUGACCUCUUGAGUAUACAUGUGAUAUUGAUAUCCUGUUUUACUUUGCAAGUCUAUCUGUCUAGAUGUACAUGUGUGUAUAUUAUUUAGUGGAUAAUAAAUGUAAUGUCCAAUUUGUGAUUGGAAUUUGGUUGCUUCCA